AUGGACGUCGCUGCGCAGCUAUUUGCACCUGCCGUCGAUGGCCCCCGCGACGACCCAGCCAACGGCUUGAACCCCUCGCAGCCCAGGUACUUGCACUCGCCGCCCGACAGCAGUAAUGCAGUCAAAUCGGACGCGAGCGACUCCGAGCUCAGCGAACUCGACGACGAACCCCCCGUCGAUGCUGCUCCCCCCGGCCUGGACGCCUCGGCCGAGGUGCCGCCUGCCGCCGAGGACGAUCAAGAUGACAUCGGAGAUGUAGUGCCCGAUCACUGGUCCGGCACCGUACCCGUCUUCAAACCGACAAUGGAACAGUUCAAGGAUUUUAAGAAAUUCAUGAAAAAGGUCGACAGCUACGGCAUGACGUCGGGCAUCAUCAAAAUCAUCCCACCUCAGGAAUGGAAAGAUGCUCAGCCCAAGCUUGACGAAUUGAUCAAGCAAAUUCGUGUCCGGGAACCAAUCAAGCAGGAUAUCAUGGGCUCAAACGGAACAUACAGACAGGUUAACAUUCUGCACGGCCGAUCGUACAACCUGCCCCAGUGGCGCCAGCUCUGCGAUCAGAGCGAGCACCAACCGCCCGCCCGCCGAGGUGAGCGACGAGCAAACACGGAUAAGCCGAAACCUCCGAGAUCGAAGCCCGCCGUCCCGAAACAACCUGACACGUCGGCACCCAAGAAGCGCGGUCGCGGCCGCCCUCCUAAGAAUAAGGCCAAGCAUGAUGAUGCGGCCGUCCAACGAGGCGACCGCCCGAUGACACCCGUAUCGCCCAAGUCAGGGUCGGAGGAACCAAAAGAAGAAAAGCCCGAGGUGCUUAAAUCCGUCGAGAAUGACGGUCCAGAGCCAGAACCGAAGCAGGAGCCUGCCCCUGCCCCUGCUCGGAUGGGUGGACGUAUGGGGGGCGUCAAACCCGCCAAGGAAAAGACGCAGUCGGUCUCAGCACGCAGAAAGAAUGGCCGCCGUGAAGGCUCUGUCGCCAUCGACGAGGAAGCUUUCAAAGACUUUGACUACAAAAUGGACAUAUCCGACUACACCGCUGAGCGAUGUGAAGAAUUGGAGAGAGCGUACUGGAAAACUCUUACAUAUGCGCCUCCUCUCUACGGCGCCGACAUGAUGGGUACUCUGUUUGACGAUUCUAUGGACACUUGGAAUUUGAACAAGCUGCCUAAUCUUCUCGAUGUACUUGGCACCAAGAUUCCUGGCGUCAACACGGCGUAUCUCUAUCUCGGCAUGUGGAAAGCCACAUUUGCAUGGCAUCUCGAGGACGUGGAUCUCUACAGUAUCAACUAUCUUCACUUUGGCGCACCAAAGCAGUGGUACAGUAUCUCACAAGCCGACGCCCCCAAAUUUGAGAGGGCAAUGAAGAAUAUCUGGCCUGCGGAUGCCAAGUCUUGUAGCCAGUUCUUGCGACACAAGGGUUACCUCAUUUCUCCCCAGCAUCUUUUGUCACACUACGGCAUCCGUGUCAACAAGUGUCUCUCAUACCCCGGAGAAUUUGUUGUCACAUACCCCUACGGCUAUCAUUCCGGAUAUAACCUGGGCUACAACUGUGCCGAGGCCGUCAACUUUGCCCUCGACUCAUGGCUUCCGAUGGGUAAAAUCGCAAAGCGAUGUGAGUGCUCGCAAGCACAGGACAGUGUCUGGAUCGACGUCUACGAAAUUGAGCGCAAGCUGCGUGGCGAACCGACACCAGAAUACUACGAGGAGACUGAGGAUGAAGACGAAGAAGAUGACGAGGAUAUGUUAGGAGUUCUGUCGCCUCCCCCCAGCGCCCUCAAGUCCAAGCACGCUAGGAAGCGCAAGCACAUCGGAGAGCGUGGCUCAAAGAAGAUCAAAAAGCUCCGCCUACGGCUCAAGCCAAAGGCAGACCCGCCUUGUUGCCUCUGCCCCAACGACUUUAGUGGCAUGGAGAUCUUGCCUACUAACGACGGCCGCAAAGCUCACAGAAUGUGCGCCCUGUACAUCCCCGAAACCUACAUUGAUACAGUCGAAGGACAGGACGUCGUGUGCAAUCUCAGCAACGUGCAUAGGGACAGACUGGAUCUUAAGUGCCUGUUCUGUCGCUCUAAGCGCGGCGCCUGCUUCCAAUGUUCACAGAAGAAGUGCGCCAGAGCGUACCAUGCGACAUGCGCUGCUGCAGCCGGCGUAUUUAUCGAGGAACAAGAUAUCCCAGUCUAUGGCGAAGACGGUGUUGAGUACAAGGAACAAGCUUUCGAGUUUAGCUGUCGCUUCCACCGCACUCGCAGAGAUAAGAAGCUCGAUGGCAUAGCACUUGAAGCUGACGACCGCAUUCAUCGUGCUGCUAAGGCUGUCAAAUCGGACGAGAUAUGCCAGUUUCAAUACGCUAAAGGUGACAUUUUCGCCGGCCUCGUCAUUGAAAGCCGCAGCGACGAAGAGACGUUCCUUGUCAGCGUCGUCCCCACUGGCGAGCGUAUCGACAUUGAAUGGAAGUGGCUGCUUAUACCCGAUCCUUCGGAUUAUCACCUACCCAAGGCGUCACCGAAUGCACUCCCGCUGCCUGCCUCAGAAAAGGCCAGAAAACGAAUCAAUGCAAAGAGACAGGAUGAUGACAAGCCACGCAAGGGCGACGAGUUUGCUGAAGGAUACACCUGGUCCGAGUUCAAUCUUCACGACGUUGCCGUCAACAAGGACCAGGUCAAAGUCGACUUUGCGAAGGCAGAUCAGAUUUGGCAUUAUCUUGGCAGUACCUCUACGGAAGCCAAGGCUCAAUACACCGAAGACCCAACCAAGCGGCGACAUAACCCGAAGGCUAACUUCCUGGACACUAUUCCCAAACCACCAAGGCCAAUUGCAGUACCGAAGGUUAAGCAGGCUCGACAACAAGGCGUCCCGGGUGGGCAUUUGUAUCACCAGCAAUCUUACGGACGCUAUAUUCCACCGCUGGCCGUCGGCAACACCGUCAUGGGUAGGCCCUAUGCUCAUCCACAGCAUGCGGCCUCUCCCCAAGCUGCUGGCACGCAUAAUGUGCAAAUUCCAUACGCAAACAUGCCAGCCUAUUCUCAGCGAGGGCAGAUGGUUGGAAACAACGUGCCACAAGAAGUACCCAGGUUCACUGUUCACCCGUCUGUAUAUCAUACGUACCAGUUCUUCCAGAUCCACUUCAACAGGGAGCCGUCCAGAUACCGCACGCCCUAUGCCACUUGCGGUGGAUUUAUCAAUGGCUACCAAAACAACUGCAAGGCUCAGUUGCCGAUUAAUGGUAGCCAAGCUGGCUCUAUGAGGCGGGUAGAUAAUGUGCCAGUCCCGGCAGGCCACUUUCACGGCGUACCACAACCUGCGGCACCCAAUGCCCGACCUCAGCCUGUGGCCGCAACAGCAAUGAAGUCGGAUAAGGCAAAGGCAACGCCGCCACAAAAGGCCGUUUAUAAGAUACCUGCGAAGCAAUCGCCCGUGCCGCUACCACCGGGGUUCCUUGCCGCAAUGGGCGCAUCGCCCCCGCCAGCAGCUGCACCAGGGACAGAAAAGCAAGCCGCGACUGCAUCGCCAGUAGCAGUCACGGCGCCCAGCCAGCCCCGAAUUGCGAAGCCGUCUGAAGCAGCAAAGAUAUCUAGGACACCGGUGCCUCUGCCGUCGUCUGCGUUAGCGUCGCGGCAUCAUGCUUCGAUCAUUAAGAACACAUCAACAUCCCAGAAUAACGGCAAUGUGGAUAUUGCUUCAACAGAAAGGGAACCCACUCCCCCACAAAAAUACUACCAGACGCCGCCGGAACAGCAAGAAUUUGUUGACGUGCCGGGCCGAGAAUCUAUGGAAUUCGUCGACAACAUGAUGCGGAAUCUGCGGCGGGCGUCUCAACAAGGAACCGCAACAAACUAA